GGCGGCGGGCGCGGCGAGGGCCGGCGGGAGCGGCCGCCAUGGCGGACGAGAUCAGCAAGGCGCAGGCGGCGCGGCCCGGCGGGGACACCAUCUUCGGCAAGAUCAUCCGCAAGGAGAUCCCCGCCAACAUCAUCUACGAGGACGAGCAGUGCCUCGCAUUCCAUGACAUUUCACCUCAAGCUCCAACCCAUUUCCUAGUGAUUCCUAAGAAGCCAAUUGUCAGGUUGUCUGAAGCAGAAGAUUCUGAUGAAUCUGCAGUAGUACUUUGGGGUUUUUAGCAGGUCAGAGGUGAAGAAAAGGAAAGUUAGCUGAGAGGUGCUGAAUAUUUCAUUUGUAACUAUAAACAUCAAGCUUAAAGAUUUUGCAAAGCUUUACAUGGUAAGAUAAAGUUUCUUUUCCAACAGAAUUUUAUAUGUUGUCUGAACCAGUAAUGGGGGCUUUAGCCAUAAUUUGACUUCUGUGACACUUUCGUAGUCUGUUACAUCCUGGCUUGAAAAACUGUAGCUCUUAUUUCCCCCCUAUAUUUUGCAUAGUCAGUCUUCAUAGGUUUUUUUUUGAGAAUGUCCGUUGCAAUCAGACAACAGUUUGAAGAGCAGUGGCUGAAUUUGUGAGAAUUAUUGAUUCUCUGCUCUUAUUCCUUCCCUCCCUCCUGCCCUUUCCUCUUUUUUGUGUGUUUUCUGGUUGUCGUUUUUCUCUUUUU